AUGGGACCAGCCAAUGUAUCUCAAGUGUCUCCAAACACCUUCUUGCUGAUGGGCAUCCCAGGACUAGAGCACCUGCACGUCUGGAUUGGGAUUCCUUUCUGCUCCAUGUACGCAGUGGCUGUGGUGGGGAAUGUGACCAUCCUGGCAGUGGUGAGAGCAGAGCGAAGCCUCCACGAGCCCAUGUUCCUCUUUCUGUGCAUGCUCUCAGUCACAGACCUGGUCCUCUCCUCAUCUACACUGCCACGCAUGCUCUGUCUCUUCUGGCUUGGCGCCCAUGACAUUGCCUUUGAUGCUUGCCUGGCUCAAAUGUUCUUCAUCCACAGCUUUAGUGCCUUAGAAUCAGGCUUCUUCUUGGCCAUGGCCAUCGACAGGUUUGUGGCCAUUUGUGCCCCACUGCGCCAUGCCACGAUACUCACCCACAGUCGCGUUGCUAAAAUGGGUGCAGUUGUGGUACUCCGAGGUGUAGUAUUGUUUUCCCCACAUCCCAUCCUGCUCAAGCAGCUGCCCUACUGCAGGACUCGAGUCAUUGCUCACACCUACUGUGAGUUCAUGGCCGUGGUGAAGCUGGCAUGUGUGGACGCAGGAGUCACCAAGCGAUACAGCCUCGGUGCAGCCCUUGGUAUUGGUUUCUGUGAUUGCGUUUUAACUGCCUUCUCUUAUGUCCUGAUCCUCCGUGCUGUCUUCCGUCUUCCAUCCAAAGAAGCAAGUUUUAAAGCUCUAGGAACUUGUGGUUCUCAUGUCUGUGUCAUCUUUGUUUUCUAUUCAACAUCUGGUUUCACCUUCCUGACCCACCGCUUUGGGCACAGUGUGGCUCCCCACAUUCAUAUCUUCAUCGCCAAUAUGUACCUUCUAGUUCCACCCUUUCUUAACCCCAUUGUUUAUGGUAUAAGGACAAAGAAAAUUAGAGACCAUGUUCUUAGUUCUCUAAGGAUAAAAGUUUCUUGA